AAUGGAUGAUGUAAGGAACUUUUUAGUCGAGCACCAAACUCUAAUUGCAAGCGCAGCAGUCGCAGGUGUGACACUCGUUGUUAUUCGACUGUGGGCAGCGGGUGGGAAAUGUUACAGUAAAGCUCGCCUGGAUGGAAAGACCGUAAUCAUUACAGGAUGUAACACGGGAAUAGGGAAAGAGACCGCUAUCGACCUAGCAGGCAGAGGAGCCAGAGUAAUUAUGGCUUGUCGUGACAAGAGUCGGGGUGAGAAGGCAUUGUCUGACGUCAUUGAGAGGACCGAAAGUAAACAGGUCGUCUUGAAGAUUCUUGAUCUGGCCUCGCUGGAGUCUAUCCGAAAAUUUGCCAACGACUUCAAUAAAUCGGAACCCAGACUAGAUAUUUUAUUGAACAAUGCAGGGAUUAUGAUGUGUCCAUACAUGAAAACUGCUGACGGGUUUGAGAUACAACUGGGGACAAAUCAUUUAGGACACUUUCUGCUAACCAAUUUACUGCUGGAUAAAAUCAAGAAAUCUGCACCUGCUAGGAUUAUCAAUGUGUCUUCUCUGGCUCAUACAUUCGCCGACAAAAUAAAUUUUGAUGACAUCAACAGUGAAAAGAGCUAUAGUCGAAUGCAGGCUUACGCUCAGAGCAAACUGGCCAACAUUCUGUUCUCCAGAGAACUCAGUAGAAGACUCAAAGGAACUGGCGUAACAGUCAACUCUCUACAUCCGGGUUCUAUAGUUACGGAGUUAGGAAGGUAUAUUCCUGGAUACAGUUUUCUGUGGCCACUUCUUACUCUCACUUGCAAAACACCAAGAGAAGGUGCACAGACAAAUAUUUAUUGCGCAGUUGACGAAAGUUUGAACAACGUAACUGGAAAAUAUUUUAGUGAUUGUGCUGUAAAGGGGGAAUCAAAAGCAGCCCAAGAUGACGAGGCAGCGAGGAGACUUUGGGAGGUGUCCGCUCAAAUGGUGGGUCUGGACAAAUAAGAUACUGAUAAAGGCAAAGUGCAUGCUGUUUGUAUUUUAUGCAAAAAAAAUGAGUAUAUGUGUUUUCUGUAUUAAUAUGUAUAUGUUUUCGGAAAGAUCUGAAUUUUCACAUUUUCCUACUGAACUUGUACAUCAUGAAAUCGAAUGCAUGAACAUGUACCAGUAUUAUAUAUAUUGAUAUAUAUUUCAAGUACUCACAUUGUGUGCCUUACUCUCAAUUUUAUGGGUAAAACACUGAUUACGUCUCUAUUGACGUUAAUUUUUAACAAGGCAUAUGAUUGUAUAUGUAUUUUGAAUAAAUACUUCUUACUCACCA